AUGGUUCAAAUUAGUGAGGUUAAGGAACAUUCAAGUUCUAGUAUUGUUACAGCAAGCGCUAGAACUGCUGCUCAUACCCAUAUUAAAGGACUUGGUUUGGAUGAAUUUGGAGUUGCAAAACCGGUAGAAGGUGGCCUGGUAGGUCAAGUUGAGGCACGUGAAGCAUGUGGUGUAAUUGUUGAUCUUAUUAAAGCCAAAAAGAUGUCUGGUAGAGCGAUUCUACUUGCAGGUGGCCCUUCCACAGGUAAAACUGCUUUAGCAUUGGCUAUUACGCAGGAACUUGGACCAAAAGUUCCAUUUUGUCCUUUAGUUGGGUCAGAAUUAUACUCUGUUGAAGUGAAAAAGACAGAAGCUUUGAUGGAAAACUUUAGACGGGCAAUUGGCCUAAGGAUCAAGGAGACUAAGGAGGUUUAUGAGGGUGAGGUGACGGAAUUAACUCCAGAAGAAGCAGAGAACCCUCUUGGUGGAUAUGGAAAGACGAUUUCUCACGUGAUUGUUGGAUUGAAGUCUGCAAAAGGUACUAAGACGUUGAGAUUGGAUCCUACGAUAUACGAGAGCAUUCAGCGCGAAAAAGUAAGUGUUGGAGAUGUUAUUUACAUUGAAUCGAAUUCGGGAGCGGUUAAAAGAGUUGGUAGAUCUGAUGCAUAUGCUACGGAAUUUGAUUUGGAAGCAGAGGAGUACGUUCCACUGCCUAAAGGAGAAGUUCAUAAGAAGAAGGAAAUUGUCCAGGAUGUGACACUGCACGAUUUAGAUGUGGCAAAUGCUAGGCCUCAGGGCGGUCAAGAUGUAAUUUCUAUGAUGGGACAGUUAAUGAAGCCAAAGAAGACUGAAAUUACUGAAAAAUUAAGACAAGAAGUUAACAAGGUUGUUGCUAAAUAUAUUGACCAGGGAGUGGCUGAGUUGGUUCCAGGUGUGCUGUUUAUUGACGAAGUUAACAUGCUUGAUAUUGAGAUUUUCACCUAUUUGAAUCGGGCUCUGGAAUCUUCAAUUGCACCAAUUGUUAUCUUGGCUUCUAACAGAGGCAUGACCACUGUCCGUGGCACUGAGGACAUCGUUUCGCCUCAUGGUAUACCUCCAGAUUUGAUUGAUAGAUUGCUGAUUGUUCGUACAAUGCCUUAUAACAAAGACGAGAUUAGAAAAAUUAUUGACAAGAGAGCAAAGAUUGAGAACCUUCAGGUAGAUGAAGCUGGAUUGGAGUUGCUGUCUAAAAUGGGCACUGAGACAUCUUUGCGGUAUGCUUUGCAAUUAUUGACCCCUUCAGGUAUACUAGCAGCCUCUGCAGCUCGUAACAACAUUUCAGUUCAGGACAUUGAAGAAGCUAGUCAGCUUUUCCUAGAUGCUAGCAGGUCAACCAAGAUUCUUGAAUCUAAUGCCGAUUUCUUGUAA